CGGCGCCAUGGAGGAGCCGGUGAGCAGAGACUGGCGGGACCGGAGCGGGCGGGUCCCCGUCCCGGGGGGUGCUCGUCCCGGGUCUCCCUGUCCUGGAUCCAUCCCUGGGCAGCCGCCCGUGCGGAGCCCAGGGCCGUGUUCCACCGGUGCCCAUCGGCAGGUGACUGCAGAGCAGCUUCGGGCGCGGGGUAACGCGCUGUUCCAGGCGGGGGAUCACGGAGCCGCCCUCGCUGCCUACACGGAAGCUUUGAGCUUGAGCGACGCGGCGUCGGAGCGCGCCGUGCUGCACCGCAACCGGGCCGCGUGUUACCUGAAGCUGGAGGAUUACAUCAAGGCAGAGGCUGAUGCAACCAAAGCCAUCGAAGCUGACGGCCGGGAUGUGAAGGCACUGUUCCGCCGCAGCCAGGCCCUGCAGCAGCUGGGCCGCCUGGACCAGGCCGUCAGUGACCUGCAACGCUGUGUGAGCCUGGAGCCCAGGAACAAGGCCUUCCAGGAGGCCCUGCGUGCGCUGGGCAGCAGCAUGCAGGAGAAGAUGAAGGCCAUGUCCUGCACAGACUCGAAAGUAGAGCAGAUGUUCCAGAUCUUGCUGGAUCUUGAUGAAAAGGAUGCAGACAAGAAGCAGAAAGCUGCACAGAACUUGAUCGUGCUGGCACGAGAAGAGGCUGGAGCAGAGAAGAUCUUCCAGAGUGAUGGUGUGCGGCUGCUGAUGCAGCUGCUGGACACGGCCAAGGCUGACCUGAUGCUGGCAGCCCUGCGCACACUGGUGGGGCUGUGCUCCGGCCACCGCUCUCGUACCACAGCCAUCUUGGCAGAACUGGGGGCACCCCGUCUUGCAGCAGUGCUGGGUGUGGAGCAUGAGCAGGUGUCCCUGGCUGCCUGCAACCUGCUGCACGUGAUGUUUGAUUCCCUGAAGGAGGGGCUGCAGAAGGACUUCCGUGGGAAGGAGGAUGCAUUAGUGCUGGAUUCCUCCAGGGACCUGAAACUGCUGAUCAAGCACCUCCUGGAGCUGCUAGUGCUGGAAGGGGCCUCAGCGCACGGCCGUGACAACGCCCUCAACUUGCUCAUCAAGGUGGUGCCUAGGAAGUCACCAAAAGAGACCAACAACAGCCUGAGCCUCUGGGUGAUUGACCAGGGCCUGAAGAAGAUCCUGGAGGUGGGCAGCACAGUGUGUGGCAGCUUGGGCAGCCUGCCCGUGACAGAGAACACCCGGAUGAGUACUUCUGUUCUGCUGAGCAAACUGUAUGAGGACCUGAAGUGUGAUGCUGAGAGGGAAAACUUCCACCAUCUGUGUGAGGACUAUGUGAGGAGCUGGUUCGAGGGGCACGAGCUGCUGGGAAAGCUACGGGCCAUUCAGACAGUGUCGUGCCUGCUGCAGGGUCCCUCGGAUGCAGGGAACAGGGUGCUGGAGCUGGAGGGGAUCAUGGACAGUGUGCUGUCUCUCUGUGCCUCUGUCUGUGAGGCCCACCAGCUGGUAGCAGUGGAGGCACUGAUCCACGCAGCUGACAAGGCCAAGCGCGCCUCCUUCAUCACGGCCAAUGGUGUCAACCUGCUCAAGGAGAUCUACAAGCACAGCGAGAGGGACAGUAUCCGCAUUCGUGCACUCGUGGGGCUCUGCAAGCUGGGAUCUGCUGGUGGCACAGACUUCAGCAUGAAGCAGUUUGCCGAGGGAUCCACCAUGAAGCUGGCCAAGCAGUGUCGCAAGUGGCUCUGCAAUGAGGCCAUCGAUGCGGGCACACGGCGCUGGGCUGUAGAGGGCCUGGCCUACCUCACCUUCGAUGCAGAUGUCAAGGAGGAGUUUGUGGAGGACAAGGCAGCGAUGCAGGCCAUGUUCCACCUGGCCAAGUCAGAGGACAGGAGUGUGCUCUAUGCUGUUGCCUCCACACUGGUGAACUGCACCAACAGCUACGACCAUGAGGAGCCAGACCCGCAGAUGCUGGAACUGGCCAAGUAUGCCAAGCAGCACAUCCCAGAGCAGCACCCCAAGGACAAGCCCGAGUUUGUGAAGCGGCGGGUGCGGAAGUUGCUGACAGCUGGCGUGGUGUCAGCUCUGGCCUGCAUGGUGAAGAGCGAGAACCCGGCGCUCACCAGCUCCUGUCGGGAGCUGAUCUCCAGAGUGUUCCUGGCGCUGGUGGAGGAGGCAGAAGACCGGGGUGGUGUGGUUGCUCAGGGAGGAGGCAAGGCUCUGAUUCCACUGUCCCUGGAGGGUACUGAGGUGGGGCAGACCAAGGCAGCACAGGCCCUAGCAAAGAUCACCAUCACCUCCAACCCAGAGAUGGCAUUCCCUGGGGAGCGGAUCUAUGAGGUGGUGCGGCCCCUGGUCAGCCUCCUGCACCUGCAGCGUACAGGCCUGGAGAACUUUGAGGGGUUGAUGGCCUUGACCAACCUGGCUGGCAUCAGUGAGAGGCUGCGGCAGAAAAUCCUGAAAGAGCGGGCUGUGCCCAUGAUUGAGGGGUACAUGUUUGAGGAGCAUGAGCUGAUCCGGCUAGCCGCAACUGAGUGCAUGUGCAACAUGGCCAUGAGCAAGGAGGUGAAGGCGGGAAUGGACUGGGGUCUGUGCUGGGUUGCUGGACCACCCCAUCCCCACCCAAUCCCUCCUCUAUCCCCUGUGCAGGUGCAGGAGAUGUUCCUGGCUGAGGGCAGUGACCGGCUGAAGCUGAUGGUCCUGUACAGUGGGGAAGAGGAUGAGAAGCUGCGGCGGGCAGCGUCGGGGACCCUGGCCAUGCUGACUGCCUUGCAUCCCCCCAUCUGCAAGCGGAUUCCCCAGGUGACAGUGCACUGGCUGGAGAUCCUGCAGGCUCUGCUGCUGAGCCCCAGUGCAGAGCUGCAGCACCGUGGUGCCGUGGUGGUGAUGAACAUGAUGGCAGCUGCUCGGGAGGUGGCCGAGCAGCUCAUCGCCAGCGAGAUGUUGGAGAUCCUCUCCGUGCUUGCCAAGGACAAGGACAAGCCGCGGGUAGCCCAGGCGGCCCAGGAGGGCCUGGCACACGCAGUGGCUUACGGUCUCAUCAAACCCAACCCUGGCCACGCCUGAGGGCCCACGGGGCUCGCACACAGGCUGCACGCACUGCCGAGGCCGGUGUUCUCACGCUGCUCUCAGGGCUGCCCUGCGGGGUCUGGCUGCACGCGGAGCUGGCUCAGCACUGCCCGGGGCUGGGGCCACGCCGCACCCGACGGCGCCCGCCCGGUGCCCCGGGGCGAGGGGGAGGACAGGGCUUGCUGCUGCCUUUGCCACCGUCUGCCUUAGCCGGGAGGGCCGAGCCGGGGCGGGCCCGUGGGGGCGGAGCUAGGCCCACCCGGUAACACUAAAGCUACUCUUGGACACGGCCCGGCCUCCAUACGUCUGUCCGUCCGCCCCUCAGCCGUCACGUCCGCUCCCUCUUCCGGUGG